CUACAACCCAACAAACGAGACAUUCAGGUGAGGAGGUUCUAUUCAAUUUGGGUUCACCGUCUCCCGAGUCCGGAAGCUCCCAUGGCAAAGCGCUUGAUCCCAGCUCUGAAUCGUAUCUUGGUGGAGAAAAUCGUUCCUCCAUCCAAAACGAGUGCAGGAAUUUUACUCCCCGAGAAGACCAACAUGCUGAACUCUGGUAAAGUUGUUGAGGUGGGUCCUGGAGCUCGCGAUAGAGAUGGGAAGCUUAUUCCUGUUGCUGUAAAGGAGGGAGACACUGUACUAUUACCUGAAUAUGGAGGAACAACAGUAAAACUUGGUGAUAAAGAGUAUCAGCUGUUUAGAGAUGAUGAUAUACUGGGGACACUGCAUGAUUAAUGUAUCUUAUAGAAUGUGACUGGGUUACGAAAUUUUUUUAUGGUGGGUCCUGUCAGAAUGAGGGAGUUUUAAGCAUGCAGAACAGCAGAAGAGUUGAAUUGGGGGUUGCAUUUAACGAGUCAUGGUCUGGUUUCAAUUUUAUGAAAAUAAAUACCAUAAGUCAUAUUAUUGCAUAAACAGAUUUUAUGAAAUUGAAGCAUUUCUCUUGGAUGCAUUCUUAAUUCUAAUCAAAUAUUUUUGCAUUGAUGUUUGAUAA